AUGCCCCCCAAAUUCACCCCUGGACAGGCGUUUGUGCCCGGGCAGGCGUUUGUGCCCUCGCAGGACAACCCCCGUGACCGGCCCAACGAGUACCAGUACGGCAAGGUCGACUACACGCCGUCGCAGACCCCCAACCUCACUCCGUCAUCCUCCACCACCUCCAUGGCGUCUCUGGAGCGGGCGGUCAACGAGAUUGACUCUCCCGUGGUCCCCUACGUGGAGGCCAUCAAGAACGCCAAGUCCAUUGGCGAGGUCAAGGAAGGCGUCAACUCCAUCAUUGAUCUGAUCAACACCUCCCAGGAUGCCUCCGACCUCAAGUUGGUGGAGAGCAUUUCGGCUCUGGCCAAGCACAAGAAGAACGCUCUUUCUCGAGAGGGCGCCGUUUCUCUCAUCUCCGCCGUGGCCAAGAAGUUUGGAUCCGAGCCCCACACCUCCAUUGAGGGUUACCUUGUUGAGGCCCUGAACGUGCCCCUUGAUCUGCUCACCGACAAGGAGAACUCGGUCAAGCGAGCCGCCCAGGCUGCCAUCGAUGCCGUAUGUGGCGCUAUCCCCGAGGAGGGCCGAGCUUCCAUUCUCCUCGAGAAGCUCUUCACUUUCCUCGACUCUGGAGCCAAGUGGCAGUCCAAGGUCGGAGCUCUCAAGCUGGUCCAGCGAAUCAUUGAGUUGUGCCCCGCCGACGUCAUUGAGGUCCAGUUCUUGGCUGGUGUCCCCACCCUGACCAACUGUUUCCACGACUUCAAGCCCGAGCUUGCUCAGGAGGGUAAGAAGACCCUGAUGCAGCUGGUGGCUGUCCUCGAUAACCAGGAUAUUUCUCCCCGAAUCGAGCUCAUUGUCGACACUCUGGGCGACCCCAAGAAGGUGCCCUCUUGUGUCAAGGCUCUGUCCAUGGUCACCUUUGUUGCCGAGGUCACCGCUCCCGCUCUGUCUCUGUUGGUGCCCAUCAUGACCCGAUCUCUCAACCAGACCUCCUCCUCUCAGGAGCAACUGCGACAGUCCGUCAUUGUCGUCGAGAACUUGACCCGACUGGUCCACGACCCUCGAGAAAUCAAGCCCUUCAUCGACCAGCUUCUGCCCCCCGUCAAGAAGGUGUACGAGGGAGCCGCUCUUCCCGAGGUGCGAGAGCUCGCCGGUAAGGCCCUCAAGGUUAUUGAGGACGCCAAGGACGAGGAGAACCGAGCCCAGAAGGUUGUUUCCACCGAGGAGAUGGAGCUGCGAAUCACUGAGUGCGGUGGCCAGUCCAUCCCUCCUAUCGAGCAGACUUACGCCGCCACUCUGAUUGCCACUAACAUUUCUGUGCGAGAGUGGGCCCGUCUGGAUGACAACUUCAAGGCCUACCUGCCUACUCUUGACCAGGCCAAGCUCAAGGAGAACAUCUUUGACCGAUACCAGGAGCUGUUCCAGGAGGGUCCUGCUGAGGACACUUCUGCCGAGGGUAUUGAGAUUGUAAACGCCAACUUUUCUCUGGCUUACGGAGGACGAAUGCUGCUCAACAAGACCAAGCUGCGACUCUUCAAGGGUCACCGAUACGGUCUGUGUGGCCGAAACGGUGCCGGAAAGUCCACUCUCAUGCGAUCCAUUGCCAACGGUAAGCUCGAGGGUUUCCCCGACAAGUCAGAGCUGCGAACCUGUUUCGUCGAGCACAAGCUGCAGGGCGACGAGGGAGAUAUGGAUCUGGUUUCUUUUAUUGCCUCCGAUCCUGAUCUCACCCACGUCAAGAAGGACGAGAUCGCUGACGCUCUGGCGGAGGUUGGCUUCAACGAGGAGCGACGAGCCCAGAACGUGGGCGCUCUGUCUGGAGGAUGGAAGAUGAAGCUGGAGCUGGCACGAGCCAUGCUCAUGAAGGCCGACAUUCUGCUGCUCGAUGAGCCUACUAACCACCUGGAUGUUGGAAACGUCAAGUGGCUGCAGGACUACCUUGUGGCCCACACCGACAUCACCUCUCUGAUCGUGUCACAUGACUCUGGUUUCCUGGAUGCCGUCUGCACCGACAUUGCUCACUACGAAAAUAAGAAGCUCGUCUACUACAAGGGUAACCUGGCCGACUUUGUCAAGGUCCGACCCGAGGGUAAGUCUUACUACACUCUGACCGACACCAACCUGAAGAUGGCCUUCCCUCCUCCCGGUAUUCUGUCUGGUGUUCGAUCCAACACCCGAGCCAUUGCCCGAGUUGUUGAUGCGUCCUUCACCUACCCCAAUGCCCCCAAGCCCUCUCUCAAGAACGCCUCUUGUUCGCUUUCCAUGUCGUCUCGAGUCGCCGUUCUGGGCCCCAACGGAGCUGGAAAGUCAACCCUCAUCAAGGUGCUGACCGGCGAGGUGGUGCCUACCGAGGGUAAGGUCGAGAAGCACCCCAAUCUGCGAAUCGGAUACAUUGCCCAGCACGCGCUGCAGCAUGUCGAGCAGCACAAGGAGAAGACCCCUAACCAGUACUUGCAGUGGCGAUACCAGAAUGGAGACGAUCGAGAGGUGCAUCUCAAGCAGACCCGAAUUAUGUCUGAUGAGGAAAAGGCCCAGAUGGCCAAGCCCAUUGAUCCCGAUGGACGAGGUGAGCGAAUCGUCGAGGCCAUCAUUGGUCGACAGAAGCUCAAGAAGACCUUCCAAUACGAGAUCAAGUGGCAGCAUCUGCAUCCCAAGUACAACUCCAUGGCCACCCGAGACUUCCUCAUUGAGCAGGGCUUCUCCAAGCUGGUGCAGGAGUUUGACGAUCACGAGGCUUCUCGAGAGGGUCUUGGAUACCGAGAGCUUUCUCCCCCCGUCAUUCGAAAGCAUUUCGAGGACGUUGGUCUGGAUGGUGACAUUGCCGACCACAACACUCUGGGCUCUCUUUCUGGAGGUCAGCUAGUCAAGGUUGUCAUUGCUGGCGCCAUGUGGAACAACCCCCAUCUGUUGGUGCUGGAUGAGCCUACCAACUAUCUCGAUCGAGACUCUCUUGGAGGUCUCGCCAUUGCCAUUCGAGAGUGGGCUGGAGGAGUGGUGAUGAUUUCGCAUAACGAGGAGUUUGUUGGAGCUUUGUGCCCCGAGCAGUGGCACGUUGACAACGGAGAGCUGACCCAGAUGGGCAAGACUGCCGUUUCCAAUGACCGAUUCGAGGACGGAGGAGCUUCAGGAGGCUCCUCUGCUGCUCCAUCCACUGCCGCUUCUGAGGCCGAGAACGACUCGCCCAUGAACAUCAAGGUCCGAGUCAAGAAGAAGAAGCUCAACCGAAACCAGCUCAAGGAGCGGGAGUCUCGACGACGGCUGCGACACAUUGAGUGGCUCAAUUCUCCCAAGGGAACCCCCAAGCCUGCCGAUACUGACGAUGAGGACGAAUAG